GUUGUUUCUUAGUGAAGUUACCACAAUGUGCACAGUCGACGACAGCUGGCUUUUCUCUAAUUUUGCUAACCUGGAUUUGAUGAAGAAUGGGGAUCUGAUAAAGGAUGAAGUUUCGAUGAUGUCGGCCGUCAGUGGCACGGGCGACCAGCUGCUCCGCCGUGUCAAACAAGAGGCCGAACCACCACCACAGUAUUCCCCAACGGAACAACUUGCUCACGCUUCCCCGCCGCUCCCGCGCCCCAUGCUUAUGCAACAAGAGAUGGAACUUGAGCCCAAAGAAGAGGUGAAGUACUGUGUAUCGCCCGGCGAGGGCAUCGUCGGCAACACCAGCCCUGACCAGCAGCACUGCUCUUCCACCACCGCCGCUGCACCGAGCGCUAGAGAUGACGACGCACCCAGGAGGCUGUGUCUUGUGUGCGGGGAUGUCGCGUCUGGCUUCCACUACGGAGUCGCCAGCUGUGAAGCUUGCAAGGCGUUCUUUAAGAGGACAAUCCAGGGCAACAUAGAAUACACGUGCCCGGCGUCGAACGAGUGCGAGAUCAACAAGCGGCGGCGCAAGGCGUGCCAGGCGUGCCGCUUCCGCAAGUGCCUGCGCACGGGCAUGCUGCGCGAGGGCGUGCGCCUGGACCGCGUGCGCGGGGGCCGCCAGAAGUACCGCCGCGCCGCCGACCCGCCGCCGCAGCAGCGCCCGCACCUCGACGACAUCAAGAUCCUGGAAGUCCUAUCCUCGUACGAGCCAGAGCCGUUCACGUGCGGCGCCCCGCCGGCCGGGGUCACUGAACCCUCGGCCAGGACCCUGGCCCUGCUGGCCGACCUCUACGACAGGGAGCUGGUGGGAGUCAUCAGCUGGGCCAAACAGAUACCUGGCUUCACGGACUUGCAACUUAAUGAUCAGAUGCGUCUACUCCAAAGCACAUGGGCAGAGAUGUUGUCCCUAAUGCUGGCAUAUCGGUCACAGUCCACCGGCGGUGGUGCGCUGCGACUGCGUUUCGCUACCGACUUGCAACUAGACGAGCAACAGGCGAGAGACAUCGGGGCAGGAGAGCUGUUCGCACAGGUGGCCGGUGUAGUGAGACGAUUGGAACGCGCAGCGGCGCUCCGCGAAGAAUGCUGGUUGCUGAAGGCGCUCGUGCUAGCGAACAGCGAAGCUCGCAUAGAGGAACACGCCGCCCUACGUCGCUUUAGAGACGCCAUACUGGCCGCGCUCAACGACGCGGUGUCCGCCCUUAGGCCAUACAACGCUGGCGCGGCGCUGCAACAGCUGCUGCUAGUGCUGCCGGCUCUGCGGCACGCAGACGUCGCCGUACGCCGCUUUUGGGCGCAGGUAUACCGCGACCGACGGGCCCCCAUGAACAAGCUUUUUGUGGAAAUGCUGGAAGCGUGCCUGCGGUAAGCUGCAGCUCAAACCUUACACCUGGAAGCAAACUGAGGACGGUGCAAAACCCAGAUGUAAUCUGGAACUCCUGGACUGAUAGCGGACGGUGCAAUCCAGAUAUAAUCUGGAAGUUAAUUACAGUGCCGAGUGAUUAUUUCAGAGUCCAGGUCUAACCUGGAACACUUGAAGACCUGGAGUGUUUAGUUGUGUAAAGAACUGAAAAGAAAGAAUGAAUAGAUAAUAUACUUGAAGAUUGGGAAUGAUUAUAAGAACUAUUAAUGCAGGAAGACAGAAAAGUGAUUUGAGUACAGGUCUAACCUGGAACUCUGUAGAACUAAGUUUUGGGCGGUGCCAUAUCUAGAUAUUUUUGGACUUCUGAAAAUAUAAAAAUAUAUAUAUAUUUGAUGGUUGAUGAUGAUGAAAAUAUUUUGAAUAGAAAGAUCUGCUUCGUAAUUUCGUGAAAUGUGGUAAUAGCAAGCGUAAGAACACUAAUGAAGAUGCACCGUCGAGUGGGACUUAUAACAGUGACCGUACUAUAGUACCUAGUACUAGGUACUUAGUGACUAAAUACUAGUGACUGGAUACUAGUGACUCAGUGGUUGGAGCUUGUAUGACCUCAAGUUAUUAUUUUAAGUCUGGCGCGGGACGCGGGUUUAGUUUUCAUUAAAAAAUCUACAUAUCAUUCUGUCGUUUAGUAUGCAUUUAAUUCUGCUUCAGUCAUUGUGUUAUAUUUAGGUAUUCUGGCUGUUGGAUAAUUCUAUAUCAAUGUUUUCUAAAGAAACUAACGGCUCGAUUCUGAAAAUGAAUUAGAUCUCUACUAGACCUCAACAAGUUACGAUAUGGAUAAUUUAAAGAUAUUUGUAAGAUAGAUGUGUCAAAUUUGACGUUUCCGCGAUUCUGGAGGUCCUCUUGAACGAUUUCGACAAGUUAUGACUCCAAGAUCCAGAUAUCCAAGUCACAUCUAGUCGAUAUCUAAUGUAAAUCUAGUUGAUCUCUAUAUCGUCUCUAGAUCUUGUGAUUAUCUCGUUUCCCGAAUACGCGAGUAAGGAUUUGUUUUAUAGUUGAUAACAAUGUGAGACAUUAGUGCCGUUAAGAUACGGUAGAUGUCGCUUGACGAUAUGGCAUAGCAAUAAUAUCAAUAUUUGUUAGAAAAUAUUCUUUUUUUUAAUACAAAAUCUUACAUCGGCCGGGAUAUGAACCGUGAUUACUGUCAAAAUGUAGAUGUUCCAACUGUCAGAAUUUUCAUAGUACAUAUGUAAAUGUAAAUUAUGUGUUGACAGAUUGAGGGUCUGUUAUGUUAUGAUGGCUGUGAAAUGGCAAUCUUGGGAGUGUCUGUAAAUCUGUCAAACUGUCAAUUGUCCGCCCCGCGCCGCCAUGUACAAACGGACGUUCUAGUACAAAACUUGUUACUAUUUUUGUAUAUUACAUAUAUAUAUUAGAAUUACGGUAAGGAUCGAGAUUUAGUAUGGUUGAGUACUUUAAUACAGGGUGGUGCGUUAUACAUAGAGAUGGCCAUAUUUGAAGUUAUUGGUAAAAUUUAUUGGAGUUAGAAGUUUAGAGGGUCUGUCACCCUAUGUAUAUCUGCAAGCGCAGCAUGGCUCAAUUUUUAUCGCCUGUCAUUAUGUCCGUCACUUUCGCACUUAUAUUCUAGUUAGAACGUGACAGGCAUGGUGACAUGCGAUCAAAAUGCGACCAUGCUACCGCAGCCGGAUUGACUAAGAAGCAGUAUUUCGAGGUGUUUGUCAAAUUUGUCCAAUUGUUUUUUUUUUGUCGUGUCACAGGGAGUUUGACAGUUGAGUAUUUCAAACGUAAAAAUUAAAAAAAGAAAUCUUACCCUUUAUAAGGCUUAAGAGUGUGAGUAAUUAUGCUAAAUGGAACCCUAUCACUUUGAAAUAGCGUUCUAAAUCAGGUGGGAAAUAUAUUACCUACGCCUAUGCCUUAUAGAGGCUUAACCCCUCGAUGGCCAGUGUCAGAAAUUUGCUGCUGAAUAAAAAACUUUUCAACUGUUUAUUACGGUCCAAAUUGUCUGGGACGGAUACGGGACAAGGCAGUUGUGGGGUUAAAUUAAUCUGACUUCUAAAAAAAGAGAUAGAAGUCUGGCAAGUGUUUCGUUUGAAACAUAUCAACUGUCAAACAUAUACAGGGCUUGUUGACGGCGCUUUAGUUCCAAUUUUUAUUGACAUUUGGGUGGUAUUCCAUCUGUCCAAUAUAUUAGUCCAAUGUCAUUGCGUCUCACUCUCUCCAUUAAGCAAAAUGUGAGACUAAAUACAUUGGAAUUACCACCCUUUGACAACUUUACAAAAUAUGUUCUAUACGAAAUUUCAUUAAAUAAUUCCCUUAAGUCGUAUUCGGCAUUUAUGGUUGCUUCUUGUUUGUAUUUACCGUUAUUUGCUUGUAUUGAAUACGUCUUUGUACAAAUUGUUGAAUGAGAUUGUAUUAAAUACUGUUAAGAUGUAGUAUAUCGGGUAACGUUUGAGUGGUCGAUACUUGGUGUAAAUUUGGCACACAAGAUAUAUCCCCUGUACACCCUGUAUAUUUGUGGUAUAAACAUGGAAACAAAUUAUACGGAACUAUCUGCAGUUGUAUUACGUAAUUAUUUUCCAUCGUAUUUUCACGGAAACGUAUCUUGCUAUUUCAGUCAGUCUCGGUACAAAAAGUACUGAGUUUGACUGAAGUAGCAUGACAAAUACGAACGUUUCCGAGAAAAUACGAUGGAAAACAAUUAUGCCCUACACCUAGGUAUUUGUAUUGUAUCAUUCAAAUGGUACCGAUUAAGUAUAAACAUACUUAAAUUAUGGUAUUGUCAACGUCGAAAGCCAACCAUUUUAAUAUAUUGUCAUAUACGAAUUUGACACGUCUUAUAAAAUCAAAGAUAUAUAAAAUGAACUAUAGUAAUGUUCAGAAUAACGUGAAAUAAACGGAUACAACUAGCCAUACCAUGAAUUGACACUUGAAGUUUACGUUAGCGAUUGCGUAAACUCGAUCGCAGUCCAUCUCACUCGCACUGAUGUAUUUAUUUAUUUAUUGAAUCAAGUUCUAUAAUAUUACAGCUUACGCAAAAGCGUUACAUAGAUUUAUAUCUUAAAACUAACUUAUAUUUACGAAUAUCUUGCAUCCUUUCAAGCACUCCCUUACGUAUUAGUGCGAUAGAGAGGGAAUGCGAAUGAGUUCACGCAGUCGCUAACGUAAAUGUCAAAUGCCAACUCGCGGUAGCCGUGUGGUUUUAAAAAGAACAAGCAUUUUUUUAAUAAAUAAUACAAGCCCUCAGUUUAUUCUAUGUGAUUCUGAACAAAACUUUAAUAUUGGCAAUGACUUUUAAGUUUAUGUACGACCAAGGGAUUUAAUAUCACUACCAUUUCGUACCUUGUCAUAGUCACAAUAGUAUGAGGUCUCUUACGACUUUCAUAUUGAUUGUCACUGUGACAAGGUACGAAAAUUGAAUUCUUUGACUGUACCCACACGAUGUAUAUUUUGUUGUCUAAAUUAUAAUUAUAAAUAUCAUAAUGUUCAUAAUGACCGAAGUGUCAUAUAAAUCUGUUGUAAAUUUAUAAAAUAACAUAAAAAGGAAACAAAGAACUGUUCAAAACAUAUUUUAUAUAAAAUACUUAGUAAACCAGGAAUAUAUAUUUUUAUCAAAAAUUACAAUAUUUUAAAGAUUGAUGGAUAUAACAAACAACAACAAAUGUAUGCACAAUAAAUAUAUUAAUAUAUGAUCAGUAUUCAUACGUACGCCGUAUCACUGGCAGUACUAUAUAUUUAUGUACAUAUAGAAACUUAUAUGGAUGUUGGUUAAUUGCAGUAGUUUAAAUAUUAAAUACCUCGUAAACUGUUACCAACACAAUAAAUA